AUCAGUAACUUCUCUUUAUGACCAUAGCUCACAUCACAUACAGUUUGGCCGUAUGUUUUUGCCUUUUUCUCACCAUGUCUAUUCUUCAUGGUGCUGUGAAUGUGCUGCUCAGGUUCUACAGUCCCUCUCACAUCCUGUUGGUGAUCGGAGCAGGAUUGGGGUCGAUGGUUGUGAUCUGGACCGCAAACCUGUUGAUGCGCCACGCCUGGUAUUCACACAAGCUGUCUUGCUUCAGCAAGCCGCCUACACACUCAUGGCUGAUAGGGCAUCUGGGCCAGAUGCAGAGCACAGAGGAAGGUCUUCUCCAGGUGGACGAGCUGGUGAAGACUUACAAACACUCCUGCAGCUGGUUCUUUGGGCCCUUCUAUCACUUCGUCAGGAUUUUCCACCCAGACUUUGCCAAACCUCUGCUCAUGGCACAUGGUAAUAUCACGGUAAAAGAUGAACUCGUCUAUGGCCACUUGCGCCCAUGGCUGGGAGAGAGUCUGUUGAUCAGUAAUGGUGACGUGUGGUCUCGUAAAAGGCGUCUCUUAACUCCUGCAUUUCAUUUUGACAUUCUGAAGAACUACAUCGUCAUAUUUAACUCUUCAACCAACAGCAUGCAUGAAAAGUGGAAGCGUAUGAUCCUGAAUGGAAAAAACAAUAUAGAGAUGUUUAAUGAUGUCACCCUGAUGACUUUGGAUAGUUUACUCAAAUGUGCUUUUAGCUGCAACAGCAACUGUCAGGAAUCCACCAGCGGGUAUGUGCAGGCCAUUGUUGAGAUGAGUGAUCUGAUCAUGGAAAGGAGGCUUAAAAUGUUACACCACUGGGAUUGGCUUUACUGGAAGACAGAGCAGGGGAAACGGUUCAAGAAGGCGUUGAGCAUUGUGCAUGGAUAUACUAGAGAUGUGGUUCAGAAGCGACGUGCUCUCAUCAGUCAACAGACAAAGAGUGAGAUCUCUAUGACGGCCCAGAGGAGGAAAGACUUUGUGGACAUUAUACUGUCUGCAAAGGAUGAAGAUGGACAAGGUUUGUCAGAUGAGGAGAUUCUAGCUGAGGCCAACACGUUCAUGUUUGCAGGUCAUGACACAACAGCCAGUGCAAUUUGCUGGACUCUGUAUAAUUUAGCUCAACACAGCCAUUACCAAGAAAAAUGCAGAGAGGAAGUGAAGGAGCUGUUAAAAGAACGCAACGGACAAGAAAUUGAAUGGGAGGAUUUGACCAGCCUCCCCUUCACCACCAUGUGCAUCAAAGAAAGUCUACGGCUCCACUCUCCAGUUCAAGCUGUCACCAGGAAAUACACCCAAGACAUGACUCUGCCUGGAAACCGAACUGUCCCUAAGGGUGUCAUUUGCUUGGUCAGUAUCUACGGCACGCAUCACAACCCCAUUGUCUGGUCAAAUCCCCAUGAGUUUGAUCCCAUGCGUUUUGACCCAAACAACAGAGAAGCACAAUCUUCCUCUGCUUUCAUCCCCUUUUCAGCAGGCCCACGGAACUGCAUUGGACAAAAAUUUGCCCUGGCAGAACUGAAAGUAGUGGUGGCGCUGACCCUGCUCCGAUUUCGCCUCAGUCCUGGAGUCAACCCUGACGGGGGGACGACUGACGUGCGACGCCUUCCUCAACUGGUUCUGCGAGCUGAAGGAGGACUGUGGCUGCAGGUGGAACCACUCAACUCUAAAGGAUCAUAGUUAUUGACUGUAAACAUGUUUAGCCUUUUGUGGUGCACCUCCAGUUUUAGGUUGCUCCAAAUAAGCUUCAUUUAUAGCGCUUUUCCACUUUCAAGACACUCAAAGCGCUUUACAUCAAGGACCCACACACACAUUCACACACACAUUCAUACACCAGUGUAAGCAGACACAGGGGGUGAGGUGGGUUAAGUGUCUUGCCUAAGGACACAACGACAGCAUUCAUCUGUGGGAGCUGGAAUCGCACUGGAUCUGACCACUCAACCAACGAUGUUUACUUCAAGAGCGGGAUUCGAACCACCAACCUUCAGAUCAGUGGACACACACUCACCUGAUUAUUAUUAGAGUUUCAUGAAUAGUUGUAAAAGUGCAGUUCAUGGCCUAAUGCAUUAAUAGAACAAAAACAUGCUCUUGCCAUAAAGACAUCUCCCCCAAAAAAGAAAAAAAAAAAAGUAAAAUAUUUGACACAAAUUAUGGGCUACACAGACAUAAUAUUCAGCCAUUUUCCUGCGUGCUUCCCAUUGGCAGUGCUUCUUCUUGUUAUUAUGCAGCUAUACACUUUGAGAUUAUGUUUUAUUUUAAUGUUUUAUUAAAUCACUUUACAUGUG